GCCGGCGUCACUCAGCUCAGUUCCGUGCUCAUGAACGUGAUAAGACGUCUGGAGCAUUAAAGUCGAGGUUGGGUGGUUUUCACGUCUGUGACUGAUCCGAGUCUCUGCACGGUUGAUGAAGCCGGUUUGGAUGCGGGCAGAGGAACGUGUGCAGGUAGAUGAUGACAGAUAGAUGAUUGUUUCCGCGUGGAGACGGCGACUCCUCCGAGUUCCUACAGUAUUUAAAGCAUCAGGGCUCUGAGACGAGCAGAGACCGACCCGUUCGUCACCAUGCAGCUGCUCCUCGCGCUGACUUCAAUCUGGACCCUCCUGAGCUCAGCUGGAGCUCUGCAGUGUCUCAUGUGCACAGAUGCAGCAGACCCAACGUGUGCCAGCACAGCAUCCGUCCCGUGCGACUCGUCGCAGUGUCUGACAGCCACUGUUCCAGGACCACUUGUCUACAAGGCCUGUGGUCAGCCCGUGCUGUGUCCGUCUGCUGGGAACCAGACGUUCUCUUUGAGCUCCACUGCUUUAAAUAUUUCCUUUAACUCUCAAUGCUGCAACACAGACAACUGCAACGGGGCGACGCUGAGCCUUCCAACUUUUCAGUCGGUGAACAGUCUCCAGUGUUACAGCUGUGACAACUACAAUCGCAACUGCUCCAUCCGGAUCCAAUGUAAGGGAGGAGAGGACCGCUGCUUCAAGACGAACGUGACUAAUGGAGGCAUCACUCUCCCAUUUCUGGGUUGUGCAUCUUCAAACCUGCUUCAAAUAGCAGCUUCCAACCUUGGCAGCAUCGUCCCGUUUCCAGGUCUUUCUACCUUUAGCUACUGUCAGGGCAGUUUGUGUAACUCUGCCCCAGCAGCAGCAACGACAGCCCAUCUCCUGCUGGUGCUGCUGCUCUUCAGCCUUUAUCACUAGGAAGCCGCCACAGAGACGGUGGUACAGACGUAUCUAUACCAUUGUAGAAAUAUAUAUAUAUUAAAUGUCUGCACCACUGAUGAGUCUGUUCUGCUGAGGAACUAAAGUCCUCAAUCAAGUAAUUUCUGGGUUUUAUAUGAAGGAAAAACAUUUUUUGUGUCUUUUUUCUGAUGAUAAAAUAAAAAUGCAUGGAUUGAAACUGAAGCUGCUGGGUCUUGUCU